CUCACCAUUUUCCCAGCCACCACCUUAGUCUUCGUAGUAAAAACUACACAAAAGAGAAAAUAUGUCUUCUCAGUCCACCAUACUCUUUCUGUACCCAUUUCCAAAGUGUCCGCAAACUCCACCAUCUCUUUCUUCACAAAAACAUGCUGGUGGAGUUCCACCCUUCAAGCCCAAAGACAAAUGGGUUAACGGUAAUUUAAAUGUCAAGUGCAAGGCUAUAUUGAAACCCCAGACUCAAGAAAUUAAUGAUCGAGUGGAUGUGUUUCAAAAUGGCGCUCCAGAGGUAAAAAAGUUGCAUGAGAUUGUGGAGGAUGACAUAGAGAAGGAGUUACCUGUUAAGGGUUAUGGGUCAAUCGAGAUUAAGAAACAUGUCGAUACUGUCAGAUCGAUGUUGAGCUCCAUGGAGGAUGGAGAGAUAAGCAAAUCGGCUUAUGACACUGCAUGGGUGGCUCUUGUGAAGGAUAUUAAUGGAACUGAUACACCUCAGUUUCCAUCUAGCCUUCUGUGGAUUGCCAACAAUCAGCUCGAGGAUGGAUCAUGGGGCGAUGUCCACUUCUUCUCCCCUUACGAUAGAAUACUGAACACGUUGGCAUGUGUCAUCGCAUUGAAAUCGUGGAAUAUUCAUCCAGAAAAAUUCGAAAAAGGCAUGUCAUUCAUCAGAGAGAACAUAUGCAAACUUGAAAAAGAGAAGGCUGAGCACAUGCCCAUUGGAUUCGAAGUAGCUUUUCCUUCACUCCUUGAAAUAGCUGAGGACAUGGGCAUUGAAGUUCCUGACGAUUCACCUGUCUUGCAAGAGAUCUAUGCUCAGAGAGAUCUAAAGCUCAAAAAGAUACCAAAGGACAUCAUGCAUAGGGUGCCCACAACACUGCUCUUCAGCCUGGAAGGAAUGCCAGGCCUGGACUGGGAAAUGCUUCUAAACCUACAGUUCCAAGAUGGGUCCUUUUUGUUUUCUCCAUCUUCCACUGCCUAUGCACUCAUGCACACCAAAGAUGAGAAAUGUUUGACAUAUCUAAAUAAGGUUGUUGAGAGAUUCAAUGGGGGAGUCCCCAAUGUUUACCCGGUUGAUAUGUUCGAGCGCAUGUGGGGUGUUGAUCGGCUGCAGCGCCUUGGAAUAUCCCGAUAUUUUGAGCCAGAAAUCAAAGUGUGUAUGAACUAUGUAUACAGAUAUUGGAACAAAAAUGGAAUAGGCCCGACAAGAAAUACUCGGGUUAGUGAUGUUGAUGACACAUCAAUGGGCUUUAGGCUUCUAAGAUUACAUGGCUACGAUGUUUCUCCAGAUGUGUUCAAGCAGUUUGAGAAGGGUGAUGAGUUUGUCUGCUUCCCAGGGCAGUCAUCCCAGGCCAUUACCGGGUUGUUUAACCUCUUUCGUGCUUCCCAGUUUCUGCUCCCCGGAGAAAAGAUUCUUGAGAACGCCAGGAAGUUUUGUUCCAAGUUUCUCAGAGAAAAACAAACUUGUAAUCAGCUCGAAGAUAAGUGGAUAAUAGCAAAGGAUUUGGCUGGUGAGGUUGGGUAUGCUCUGGACAUUCCAUGGUAUGCCAGCUUGCCACGCGUGGAGACAAGAUUUUACGUUGAACAGUAUGGAGGUGGAGAUGACAUAUGGAUUGGCAAGACUUUAUACAGGAUGUACCAUGUUAACAAUGAUAUCUAUUCUGAGCUUGCAAAGCUGGAUUUCAACAACUGCCAAGAAUUGCAUCAGCUUGAAUGGGACAGGAUUCAGGAGUGGUGGACGCACAGCAAUCUUCAAGAGUUCGGGCUCAGCAGAGAAACCCUCCUCCUGGCUUAUUUUCUCGCAGCAGCCAGUAUAUUUGAACCAGAAAGGUCGGUAGAGAGGGUGGCGUGGGCUAAAGCUGCCGUCCUGGUAGAGGCAGUUGCAUCUUAUUUCAACAAGGAAACAUGUAUUAAGCAGAGGAGAGCCUUCCUUCUUAAAUUCGGGUACAGUGCAAGUGGAGGACGCUACAGGAAGAUUAAUGGAAGUUCUAAUCUGAGCAAGACUGGAGAGGAGCUCGCGGGGUUAUUACUCACUACCUUAAACCAGCUCUCAUUGGAUGCACAGGAGCUGCAUGGCUCGGACAUACAUCAGCUUUUACAUCGUACUUGGGAAAUGUGGUUGACAAAGAACUUGGCAGAAGAAGAUGGAUGCCAAGGAGAAGCGGAGGUCCUGGUGGAUGUGAUAAACCUUUGCUCUGGCCGUUCAAUCACGGAAGAGCUGUUGAACCAUCCUCUUUAUAAGCAUCUCUUACACCUCACCAAUGGUGUCUCUCACCAACUUAGUCCAUUUUACCAGCACAAGGCACAUAUUGGAAGCUAUAAUCCUGAAAAAGAAAGUGAUGUUAGUUCUAAAGUAGAACCGGACAUGCAAGAACUUGCACAGUUGGUGCUCCAAAACUCCACUGAGGACAUAGAUCCCGUGAUCAAGAGAACAUUUCUAAUGGUAGCCAAAAGUUUCUACUAUGCUGCCUACUGUGAUCCUGCAACUAUUGACUCUCAUAUUGCUAAAGUACUUUUCGAGAGAGUAGUUUGAUCUCUGCAUGUAAAGAUACACUGUAAAAGGCCAUGACCAAGUGUGUGCUUUGAUCAAUACAUUAAAGAAAUAAAACUACUUGCACUUCA